AAAAAAGGAGGCGUUGCGGAGUGGGCGGGUCCUUCUCCGCCCAGUCCCCACCCCACCAGCCAACCCCAAGCCGCUCAGUGGCCGCCUUUUGGGUUAGUUAGCCGGCGAGCACUGCAGAGGCGGUAGCAGCAUCAGCGGCGCCGGCGCAUCUUCCUCUUCUUCUUCCCCCCCUCCCCCUCCCGGCCAUCGAGUCCAUUUUCACCUCGGCGCGAGGAGGAAGCUGCGAGGAUGGCCGUUUCGAACGUUCGGGCGUUUGAAUUCCACGGCGGCGGCGGCCGUUACCGCUCCAACGGCCGGAUCCCAACGGCCGACAGCAAAUAAUUCAAACAAUAAUAAUGAAAUAACUUCUAUUUUUUUAUUUGCAUAUUUAAAACAAAUCUCUCUAUAUAUUACCUCAGGAAAAGCGACGUCCCGUGGUAAGAGAAAUAUAUAAAGAUAUAGAUAUAUAAAAGAAAUAUUUUUUUACCUCAGUGAAGGAUAAAGGAGGGCGACGCCGCUUAAAAUGAUGCUCAACUCGAUGCUGUUCGGCGAGAUGGCGGCGCGGGCUUUCCCGUCGUCGGCGGGGCCGGCCUCCUCGUCGGUGGUCGGGGGCGAGAUGGACGACGGCGUCGGCGGGGCCCCGCCGGUGACGGCGGCGCUGCGGAACGACCUGGGCUCCAACAUCCACCUCCUGAAGGGGCUCAACGUGCGCUUCCGCUGCUUCCUGGCCAAGGUGCACGAGCUGGAGCGGCGGAACCGGCUGCUGGAGAAGCAGCUGCAGGCGCAGCAGCUGAGCGAGCGCGAGCGGCGCCUCCACUACAAGCGCUUCCCGAGGCACCAGGCCGUGCAGACGGACCCCGUGCCGCCCUCCAUGCCGCCUUACGUGCCGUCCGCGGCGGCGGCGGCCGGGCCUCCUCCUCCUCACCCGCCUCCUCCGUCGUCGGCUUCUUUCUCCUCGUUCCCGCCGGCCUCGGCUCCCGCCUCGCAGCUGCCUCACUCGCACUCGCACCCGCCGUCCCACCACUCCUCCUCCUCUUCGCAGCAGCACUACAGCCGCCUGCCCGGCACCAUCUGGAGCUACACGCAGGUGAGGCGGACGGGCGGAGGCGGCCUGGAGACCCUGCAAGGGCCCGGCGUCUCCUGGGUGCACCCGGACGGCGUCGGCGUCCAGAUCGACACCAUCACGCCCGAGAUCCGCGCCCUCUACAACGUUUUGGCCAAAGUCAAGCGGGAGAGGGACGACUACAAGAGGAGAUGGGAGGAGGAACUGGCAAAGCGAAUGAAUCUGGAAUCAAUGGUAGAGACUCUCCAAGAGGAGGCACAAGAAGCUGAAGCCCUCCAAGAAGAGUUAAAUGAGAAGAUUGAGAGACUAAAAGCUGAACUUGUUGUCUUCAAGGGUCUGAUGAGUGAUCCUAUGACAGACCUGGACACAAAGAUCCAAGAAAAAGCCAUGAAGGUGGACAUGGACAUCUGCCGACGAAUCGAUAUCACAGCCAAACUGUGUGAUGUAGCGCAGCAGCGCAACUCUGAAGACGUUUCCAAGAUAUUCCAGGUGGCUUCCAAGAAGAAAGAGCGGAAACUCGUGUCGGAUGAUGACCUCUCUGAGCAGGAUCCAGACAAUGCCCGGUUUUCGGAUGAUGAAGUCAGUUCUCUGAACAUCACGGAUGAAAUGAAGAGAAUGUUUAAUCAGCUGCGUGAAACCUUCGAUUUUGAUGAUGACUGUGACAGUUUGACGUGGGAGGAGAAUGAGGAUACUUUGCUCCUCUGGGAAGACUUCACCAACUGUAAUCCAUCGAUUGAGCUCCAGGGAGAGCAAGAGGAGAACUUGGGCAACUUGAUCCAUGAAACAGAAUCUUUCUUCAAAACGAGGGACAAAGAAUACCAAGAAACGAUAGGACAGAUUGAGCUUGAGCUUGCCACGGCCAAGAGUGACAUGAAUCGCCACCUCCACGAGUACAUGGAAAUGUGCAGCAUGAAACGGGGCCUGGAUGUGCAAAUGGAGACUUGCCGGCGGCUCAUUAAAGGCUCUGCUGAAAGCAGAAAUUCCCCGUCUCCCAGUUCGGUAGCCAGCAGCGACUCAGGAAACACAGAUGAAAUUCAGGAUGAGUUGGACAGAGAAGGAGACGUUGAGCCAAUGGUCAGCUGAUAAAUAACCAGAACAUUCUGGCGCAAGGAGAGAAGAAGAAGAAUACCCAGAAAAAGAAGAGAUUUCACAAAUGCAGAGAGAUCAGAGACUUCAAAGCCCCUAGCCUUGGGGGUGCCAAGGACUUGAUCUAGUAUUUUUCCCACCCCAUCCAAGGAUUUGGUGCUGUAAAAAACAUUUAUACCGUUCUACAAAUGACAGAUGUGGAGUUCUGUAAGAAAAAGUAUAUGUAUAUGGUAUUUUAAUUGUGCCUUUGCCCCAAGCUGAGCCACUUUGAGCUCCACUGGAAUAUCAUAGUGCUUUUUAUAUAAAAAUGAUGAUUCUAAAUAAGCUUCUGGUAGCAGAAGAAUGAAUUGCUAUGGAAGUUUAGCACUGGACUGAAGUGCUGGGCAAAUUGGCAGAGCAGGCCCCAUGGCAACUAAGUAGCAAAUAUGACACCAUUGAGCAGCAAUGAGGACAAGUGUCUUGCGUGAACAGGAUUGAAAGUGUCCUCCCCUCCCAAUCUUAGCCCUUUAAUGGCACCUGCUCUUGGCUCAUGCAGUUAGAAGGGAUGUGAAUUGUGGCUUGAGAGAAUCCUUUCAGAGACCUGUACAAUACCUUUUCUGCUGAGGUCCAGAACUCUAUUAGAGACUUGGUGGCAAGGCAAGAAUAGCAAAAGUCUGAUGGGGUGGGAAUAACACUGUUUUUUAAUUACUAUGCAAAACCAAGCAAGCAAAGCGUUCGCCUUAUUUGUAUGGAAUGUUAGGUCACUGCUGGGCUUUUCUAUCUCUGGUUGGGAAGAAAGCUGAGCAUUCACUUUGCACACCUUUACUUGUUUGUGGAGCUUGUUUUGGCCAAGGGAGCUUCCUACUGCUGCAUCUGCUCCCAGUGAUCCUUUGGUUCCAAACUUUCUCCCUCCCCUCCCUCUUUUCUUCAUCCUCCCCCUUCAUUUGUACUUUAGCCAUCAAAUGAUUCCCUCUCAAAAAGUUACUGUUGAGGAAGGACUGCAUUUUUGUGCUGCUCUCUGAAGCCUGGAGCGUGAUAGCUUUCCACACCAUCCUAAGAAUCAGUGUUAACUAAAUUAUAGGGUGAGUGGCAUUACCUUUCCCAAGACCCCUCAGCAAGGAACACAACUUUAGAUGUCUUGAAGCAUGUCAGGUCCUGCACCUGUAUUUCAGGUACACUGAAAAUAAGUAUUACAAGAUGUGGAUUUUUUUAAAAAAAAAAACACCCAACAACAACAAGAGUACAGUAUUGUAUUGUCUGACACUAAAGUAUAACUGCCAUGUGCUUUUCUUUUCUGAAAAAGCAAGUGAGACUAGCCCCCCACUCUAUCCUUUGGUGGCUUAAACACAAGCACCUGGCGUUUAUUUGUCAGAUGGGGUUGGUGCCAUGAACCAGCCUCUUCUUGGUCCAGAUCACUUGCUGUUAUCCAGGACAAAAUGAUAUCAUGUAUUUGCCAACAUGGUACCAUUUUAUGCUGCCCAGAUUUGGAGGCACAAUCACCCUUCUGGCAAAGCUGCUGUGUGUGGGUGUGGGUGUCAGAUAUUUAUCUCUCCUGUAAAACGCUUCUUAAUGACACGAAAUGCUAGGAGAAGAAACCUCCCACCACGCCUACAGAUCAACCCCUAGCAAAAGCUGUUAUGUGGCUGGUGAGCUCCUUCCCCCUGUCUCCGGAGUGCUUUCUUGUCCCUUUGGGUUGCUGAAGGUGAUGGCUGGCACCUAGGCAGAUGAACACGUCUGUCCUGUGAAGGAAACACUCCUGGGUGGGGAAGUGUUUGGCUUCAGAAGGGGAGCUUUACUAUAUUCCCAUCCAUGCAAAAAAAGGGGGGGAGUGGGAGAUGCAAUAUAAAAGGGGACACUUUGUGUUUGUACUGAUUUGCUGCUUGAAACUCAAGUUUGCUGCUUCUGGUUAGUAGCUUUAUGUCCCAUUGCUUAGCGACCCUUAAAAAGCUUGCUUUUGCAACUUUUGGUCAAGCGCUUCAUUGCUUUCUCUCCCUGCUUUGGAAAAGGAAUCUCAUUCCUAAGCACUUAUUCUUUUCACCCCAUUUCUAUCCAAAGCUGUACCCUUUUCUGACUGUGAGUUUUGCAGCUUUUGGGGGGGUGGGGUGGGGUGGAGAGGAGACCAGCAGCCCUGUCCUUUCCAAAGGGUUGGGCCUCGGCACUUUCAUAAAUGGCAUCUCAGGGUCCCGAAGCCAGCCUUGAAUGUUGGCUCUUUCACUCUGCAGUUUCUCCAGACAUCGGGAGACCCGUCUACCCAAUCUGGCAGCUCCUGAGUGCAGGUUGUAUGCGUACCUGCUAAACUUCAGUUGCCCAGAAAUUGUCGGAAUUACUAUUUCUGAAAUAGAGAAUUUGAGCAGUUUUUACUUAAGGUCAUCCAACUUCAUUGCUGCUAAUCUUUGGGGGGAGGGGUGUGUUUUAAACUUUAGGAGCAUGUGUCAAAUGUGUUUGCUUUUAUUGGCUGGCAUGCUCAAGGUAGAGUAGUGGGUAGGCAUGGGCAGGGGAAACUGGUUCUUGUAUGGUUGUAUAAGUGGGUAAGGGGAUGAGGCUUCACUGGUCAACACUGAGGGCAUCAACAAAAUAGUUCAUUUUGUAAUGACUAGGUGGGUACUCAAGUAAGCAAUUAUUAUUUGUAUGUGUUAGAGGUAUGUGGGGAUUACCUGUGUAAGAAUAAUGAUAGAACAGAAUAGUAGUGGUUAAGGUGGUGGUUGGUAGGUAUCUUUUUUAUCAUAUGCAACCUGAGUUUAAAAAUUUCUAAUCACAUUUUGAAUAUGAGGUUUUAUUACAUCUGAGGGAGCAUCAGGGUGAGUUCGCGAAUGGAUCAGUCCCUUAAGAGUGCAGUUUCCUUCGUAUUGCAUUUCUUUCCGUCAGUGCUGCUGGCUUUAGUAGACAGUGACACCUCUAGAUGUGCAUUUAGUCUUGUCUGUCCGUAGCAACCAGAUUUAAAGCUUGUCAGGAAAAAAAAUGUGAAAAUGCUGGACAUGAAUUGUGAUGACCUCGUUCCCCCCCCCCUUUCUGUAAAGCUGUAAAUACUUUAUUUUCUAUUCUUGAGGCAGUGUCAUAUUGACACUUUUUUAAAAAAAAUGAAUUAUAAUUGGGUGGGAGUUUUGUGGGUUUUUAAGGGAUUUUUUAAGCUGGCUAAUUUCCUUUACUUGUUAGUGAGAGAAUGAAGAUCUGUCAAGAUUCCUAAGCAAACUGUGUUUGUAAAAAAAAAAGAAAAAGAAAAAAAGGCGAAUUCAAUAGAGGGCCCUUGUGCCUGCUUUAUGGAUGCAUGUUAUUGUUGUUUUAGAAAAAAUGUCCAAAGAACAAUAAUGUUGAAUUAUUCCCAGUGUUUUAUUACUACAUCUUGGCGCAGGCAGUGAACAAGUACGCAAAGCUGCUUUGUAGAUGAAUGCCAAGGACAAUAAAGAAAACCACCCCUUAAUGAAAUUUCACUUAGCUUAAAUGUGUACUCUUCAAAGGGGAUGCUGUAUUUUUAAAGGUGUUAAGUUCAGACAUCAUAACUGUUGUUUGGCAGCAUUUGGAGGAAGCCAUGUAACAAACUGCAAUAGCUGAAAAACAUGCUCACCAUCCUUUAGUCAGGACUCUCCAAGGUUUUUGUGCCUCACUAGAGGGAAAACAGAGCAAACUUCCUGUCCUGUCAGUUGCUCCACAUGCAUUAUUCAAGAAGCAAACCCUUCUAGAUUUCCCCAUGUGGGAACUGAAAUGGAGGUGAGAGAGAGAGAGAGAGAGAGAGAGAGAGAGAG